CUAUACAAGAAACCAAUUCAGUCUAAUCAGGUAUAUUCGGGGUUCGUCUGUGUUUUUUUUUCCUGAAUGGAAGAGUAAUGGAUGCAACUGCAGAAAUGAGAGCGAGUAGAAAUGGACUCCACCCUGUUCACUAAACCCACAACUUUCUAUUCCCUCACCAAAAUGGCUGCGCAGAAAUUUUCUCACAGGGCUCCGUUGCUACAAAAUUACUCAUAUUUUAGGAAUACAAAUGCUUCCAGCCUAUUACAUUCACGAAGAACCUCUUCAUCGAGAGUCUUAUCCCUCUUAAAUGUGACCCGCUAUUCUACUUGCUCUGGUCAAGAAUAUUGUUCGUCAUCAAAGAGAAGAUCACGUGGUCCUGUCAUGGCAGCAAAAAAAUCUGAAGGGGAAAAACAGGGAGAUGGCAAAUACAAGCACACAGUCGACCUUCCUAAAACUGCAUUUGGCCUAAGAGCAAAUUCUGUUGUAAGGGAGCCUGAAAUACAAAAAUUAUGGGAUGAAAAUCAGGUGUUUGAGAGGGUUACCAGCAGGAAUACUGGGGGAAGCUUUGUGCUCCAUGACGGGCCUCCUUAUGCAAAUGGGGAUUUACAUAUGGGACAUGCCUUGAAUAAGAUUUUGAAGGAUAUUAUCAACCGCUAUAAGCUUCUUCAGAAUUUCCAAGUCAGUUAUGUGCCUGGUUGGGAUUGCCAUGGGUUGCCAAUUGAACUGAAAGUUUUGCAGUCUCUGGAUCAGGAUGCUAGAAAGGAGCUCACACCACUAAAAUUGAGAGCAAAGGCAGCAAAGUUUGCUAAAUCAACUGUCAAGAAUCAGCUGGCAGCAUUUAAGCGGUAUGGCAUAUGGGCAGACUGGGAGAAUCCAUAUCUCACUCUGGAUCCAGAGUAUGAAGCUGCUCAGAUUGAAGUGUUUGGGAAAAUGGCGUUGCAAGGGUAUAUCUAUAGAGGAAGGAAACCAGUACACUGGAGUCCUUCGUCUCGAACUGCUCUUGCAGAGGCUGAAUUGGAGUAUCCUGAGGGGCAUGUUUCAAAGAGCAUGUAUGCCGUUUUCAAAUUAGUCUCUGGCACAACUUCAUGUAAACUGUUAGAGGAUUUCUUGCCCAAUUUGGGCUUGGCCAUAUGGACUACAACUCCAUGGACUAUUCCUGCCAAUGCUGCUGUUGCUGUGAAUUCAAAGCUUCAAUAUGCUGUUGUUGAAGUUCAUUCCAAUUCUGUGGAAACUAUUGGAUCUUCAGCCAAUAAAGAGAAACAAAUUGGAAGAAUCUUGAAGGAAAAUGAAAACCUGCACUUAAUUGUUGGAUUAGACCUUGUGACAACUCUAGAAGCAAAAUGGGGUGUGAAGCUUACUGUGAAGGCAACAGUUACAGGUGCAGAGCUAGAGAAUUGCAGGUAUGUUCACCCUGUUGAGAGUAGAGAAUGCCCAGUCGUCAUUGGUGGGGAUUACAUCACGACUGAGUCAGGAACCGGGCUAGUUCAUACUGCUCCUGGUCAUGGACAAGAAGAUUAUGUGACUGGCCUUAAAUAUGGUUUGCCGGUCCUCUCCCCAGUAGAUGAUGAAGGGAAAUUUACCGAAGAAGCUGGACAAUUUAAUGGUCUUGACGUACUUGGAAACGGCAAUAUUGCUGUUAUUGAGUGCUUGGACGAAAACUUAUCAAUGAUUAUGGUUGAGCCAUAUAAUCACAAGUACCCAUAUGAUUGGCGAACAAAGAAGCCCACGAUUUUCAGGGCAACUGAGCAAUGGUUUGCUUCAGUAGAAGGAUUCCGUAAGACUGCAAUGGAUUCGAUUAGCCAAGUAACCUGGAUUCCUUCGCAGGCAGAAAAUCGAAUUUCGGCCAUGACUUCAAGUCGUUCUGAUUGGUGCAUCUCGCGGCAAAGAACUUGGGGUGUUCCAAUUCCAGUUUUUUAUCACGUGGAAUCGAAGGAACCAUUGAUGAACGAAGAAACUAUAGAUCAUAUCAAAUCUAUAAUAUCUCAAAAGGGGAGCGAUGCAUGGUGGUACAUGAAGGUAGAGGAAUUGCUUCCAGAAAAGUAUCGCGACCAAGCAUCAAGCUAUGUAAAAGGAACAGAUACAAUGGAUGUUUGGUUUGACUCAGGUUCUUCAUGGGCUGCAGUACUGGGUAAGAGAAAUGGUCUUAGUUACCCUGCAGAUUUGUACCUCGAGGGUACAGAUCAGCACCGUGGCUGGUUCCAAAGUUCGUUGCUGACAAGUAUUGCUGCAAAUGGAAAGGCUCCAUAUCGUGGCGUCAUAACCCACGGAUUUGUACUUGACGAGAAGGGUUUCAAGAUGAGUAAAUCUGUAGGCAAUGUUGUCGACCCAAGAAUUGUGAUUGAAGGAGGAAAAGGCCAGAAGGAGGGCUUUGGUGCAGAUGUACUUAGGUUAUGGGUCUCCAGUGUAGAUUAUUCCGGUGAUGUCAUGAUUGGAAAUACAGUCCUUCGUCAAAUGUCGGACAUAUACAGGAAACUAAGAGGAACCUUGCGAUUUCUCCUGGGGAACUUGCACGAUUGGAAAGCUGAUUAUGCUGUUCCAUAUAGUGAGCUCCCGAUGAUAGAUCAGUAUGCGCUGUUUCAACUUGAAAAUGUCGUGAAGAACAUCAAAGAGAGCUAUGACAAUUACCAGUUCUUCAAGAUUUUUCAGAUCAUUCAGCGGUUUGUUGUUAUUGAUCUCUCAAGUUUCUACUUGGAUGUCGCCAAAGAUCGACUUUACGUCGGGGGAACCACGAGCUCUACAAGGAGGAGUUGUCAAACAGUCCUUGCUGCACAGCUGCUUUCCGUGUCAAGGGUGCUUUCUCCUAUAUUACCGCAUUUAGCUGAGGACGUAUGGCAGAAUCUUCCUUUCCCAUUCACUACAGCCGAAGGCCAUGUUGCAAAUUUUGUCUUUGAGGCAGGGUGGCCCGUGCCGAACGAAAGACAUCUUGCAUUCCCAGAAGACGACGUCAUCUUUUGGGGGAAGAUUCUUGAGCUGAGAAAUGAGGUGAACAAAGUGCUCGAGGUAGCUCGUACACAGAAGUUGAUUGGCUCUAGUUUAGAGGCGAAGGCCUACCUCUAUGCAUCUGAUGAUGAUCUGGUUUCCAGACUGGUUAGCUUGUGCUCGUCCGAUAAUGAGGCUGACACGUUGCAUCGGAUCUUCUUGACGUCUCAGGUUGAGAUUCUUCGCACCAUAGACGAUGUGAAAGAGGAUGAUAUAGCUUGCAGCGGAGAAUACCUUAUUGAUGACACAAGCAAGGUGUGGAUCGGUGUGUCUCGUGCAGAUGGGUCAAAAUGUGAGAGAUGUUGGAAUUUCUCACCCCAAGUUGGUAGUUAUGACGACCACCCAUCGCUUUGUAGCCGGUGUCACAGUGUCGUCAGCCACCCAAUUCCUGCUCUUGCUGCAGCUAGUUAGACAUUUUCCAAUGUCGUGGCAGGCCUUCGGGUUGUGGCUAGUUUCUGGGGCAGGUGGUGGAGGUAUAAUAAGUCCGUGGAGCAAUGCACAAUUUUUGUUCUGAAACAGAUUCAUCAAUCUGCACAUAUUUGAAGCUUAAUUUUUUGCCACUCUCUCGAUACUCUACGUUUUGAAUUUUUCUCAUUUGAGAAGUAGUAACAUGAUAUUCACAGGAAA